AUGCAAGAGUAUAAACUUGUUGUUCUGGGAAGUGGGGGUGUCGGAAAAAGUGCAUUGACUGUGCAGUUUGUACAGGGAAUCUUUGUGGAAAAGUAUGAUCCAACCAUUGAGGAUAGCUAUAGAAAACAAAUCGAGAUUGAUAACAGGCAGUGUAUGUUGGAAAUUCUCGACACAGCUGGCACGGAACAAUUCACUGCUAUGCGUGAUCUGUACAUUAAAAAUGGUCAAGGCUUUGUUUUAUGUUAUUCAGUUACAUCACAAUCCAGUUUUAAUGAUCUACAAGGUUUGCAUGAACAAAUUCAACGUGUCAAAGAUGUUUCCAAUGUCCCACUUAUAAUUGUAGGAAAUAAAUGUGAUUUAGCAGAUGAACGAGUAGUCUGUCGUGAACAGGGUCAUGCGCUUAGUCGACAAUUAAAUUGUUCAUUUAUGGAAACAAGUGCCAAAGCUAAAAUUAAUGUGAAUGAGAUUUUCUUUGAUCUUGUCCGACAAAUCAAUAAGCAAAUGCCACAAGUGAAACAGAAAACAUCGAAACGAAAAUGUCUAAUUCUCUAACUUUGGGUUUUUAUUACUUGUUUUCUUUCUCGGUUCUCUUGUCUUAUUUUUCGUUUUUAUAACAGAACAACUACAACAAUAAUAAUUGGACAAAGAACACUUGAUCUCAUAUGUUGUACGCGUGUGUGUGCGUGUGAGCGGGGGACUGAUAUUAAAAUAAAUCUGUUUCCUGUGUUUCUAUUUUGUUCCUGUUUUGAUUUUUUGUUUCCCACCUAGCGUAAAAUGUAUACAUGUACAUCUCAAUAUUUUUAGGACUUGUUUAUUUAUGAGGUUGUAUUUGAGAAGCUAUAUGCACAGAGUUUUGUCCCUGAAACGCAUGUGUUAACUACAAAACAGGAAUUAUUAUGCAUUUCAUUACCGACACUUAUAAAACCACACUCACCUACUCACCAUCUAUCUAUCUACAUUUAUUUUUGUUAUCCUCAUAUAACUCCCCAGUGCCAUUCCUUUUAUGUAUAAAUUGAUAGCACAGCAAUAAUAAUGAUAACGUGUUUUAC